AUGGCGCACAAAGCCAAAGAUAGAACGCGCAGGGGGAGACAUUUGGAGAGGUUUUUCUCUUGGAUGGCGCAGCAGAGGCAGAAAACUGACCGAUGUGGAAGUGUGGACUCCAAGACCAGCUGCUGCCAAGAACUCAACCCGAAAGGCAGGAAUGUGUGCAAAGCGCCGGGGUCGCCAGGAUCGGUUUGUUGCAGUGGAUGGAAGCAGCUAGGGGAUGAAUGUCUGACAGCUUUAUGUGAAGGCAACUUCACCUGCAAUGAAAAUGAGGUGUGUGUCAGGCCGAAUGAAUGUCGUUGCCGUCAUGGAUACUUUGGAGCCAGCUGUGACACAAAGUGCCCUGCCCAGUUCUGGGGACCUGACUGCAAGGGGAAAUGUAACUGUUAUCCUAAUGGCCAGUGUGAUGAUUUGACUGGGAAGUGUACCUGCAACCACAAUCGCUGGGGAUCUCACUGCGAGAAGCCUUGCCUAUGUCAAAAGGGCAAGUGUGACCAGGAAACAGGAAAGUGUGCAUGCCACCCUGGAGUCUGGGGUCCACAGUGCAACAACAACUGCUACUGCAGCGUCAACUCCAUGUGCGAUGUGAACACAGGCCGAUGUCUGUGCCAUCCUGGAUGGACGGGGAGGAACUGUGCUGCCCAGUGUAACUGCAACAACUCGCCCUGCGACCAGUACAUGGGACGGUGCCAGUGUCGGGAGAAGCUGUGGGGUCCACGGUGUGAAAGAUACUGCCAGUGUGUCCAUGGCAAGUGCAACCAGGCUGAUGGAUCAUGUACCUGCACUCCUGGUUAUCGUGGGAAAUUCUGCAGGGAACCAUGUCCUGCUGGGUUCUAUGGUCAAAACUGCAGAAACAGGUGUGGGCAUUGCAAAGGCCAGCAGCCCUGCAAGGUGACAGAGGGACGCUGCAUCACCUGCGAAAGAGGCUGGAACGGGACACGGUGCGAUCAGCUUUGCUCCAAAGGCUUCUUUGGUGAAAACUGCCAGGAAGUGUGUCCUGCCUGCAAGGACGGUCACCACUGUGACCCCAUCCAGGGAAAAUGUUCUCACUGUAAUCCUGGCUGGAUUGGGGACAGGUGUGAGGUGCGCUGUCCCAAUGGCACGUAUGGCGAGAACUGUGAAAACAACUGUAGUCACUGUUUUAAUGGCAUCUGCCAUGUUGUCACCGGAGAAUGCCUUUGUGACCCAGGCUUUUAUGGCCCCUACUGCAAUAUGACCUGUCAGCCUGGCCAGUAUGGAGUCAACUGCAACCAAACCUGCCCCUGCUAUACCAAGAACUGCGAUCCGGUGUCUGGUGCAUGCCAUCUCCAGCCCAACCAGCGGAUGGGUGUGAUCGCAGCUGGCUCGUUGGUCUCCUUUUUACUGAUUGUCUUUCUUUCACUGCUGUGCUGCUGCUGCCUCUGCCAACUCAAAGACAAGCACAAUGCUAACCAAGACAAUUCCACCAGCAACAAAAAAGCCAAGCGGAUUUUGUGUGGACGAUUCAGCAGAAUCAGCACCAAACUUCCCCGUAUUCCACUGAGGCGACAGAAACUGCCCAAAGUAGUCGUAGCGCACCAUGACCCAGAGAACACCUUCAAUUGCAGCUUCAUCGAGCCGCCUUCUUCAGCAGCUGAGCAGCCAUCCCCCUCCUCGUGGUCAUCCCAGGAGUCCUUCUCUUCCUUUGAGAGCGGAGAUGAAGGGCCAGUUUACUGUGUUCCACAUGAAGAAUCUGUUAUGAGUGAGAGCAAAGAGAAGCAGAUUCUCAGCCCUGCGGUGGACGACGAAAAUAAUCAUAAUGAAGAGGAUGCAGGGGAAUACACUUUUCUAAAAGACACAAGUGUCAAGCCAGAAAGCGGUGAGCAGUCCUUACUCAAGUCCUCUGAUAGUGAGGGUUCCAACAGCGGCUCUGAGACCGCAGCCCAUUAUGCCUGCAUCACCCGCAUCUCCAAGCAAUCCAAGGAGGAGAAUGGCAAAGGUCGUGAUGGCACCCCUACACCAGAGGCCAAGCACAGUGGAAAACCACCAGCUUCACCUGGCAAGCCAAAACCACGCCCACCAGAUCCAUCUACUAAACCCAAAGUGUCUUGGAUACAUGGAAAUACAACAGGGUCUCCACAGUCAGAGCAUCAAGGGGGGAUUAAAGUAUUUGCAUUACCAAAAGAGAAAAACAGAAGCUCCAGUGAUGGCUCAUCUAAGAGUGAGGAGAGGCAGAGAAUGAAGGAAAAGAGUCAAGACCAGCAUAAAGACAAGAACAAGGAGACGGAUGCAAAUGGUUCCCCCAGCAAACACAAACCUCUGCAAGGCAAAAUGUCUGGGAAUGAGCACAGCAGUCCAAAUCACAUGGUGCACAUCAAUGGUGUUGUUCAAAAUGCCUUAAAGAAAAUAAGUAACUUCCGUUGUUCGUCACCUGAAAAAAAGAGUGUUGAAACUCCAAAGCAGACCCCUAAGGAGCCUCCCAAGAGUCCAAAGGUAAUCCAUCCUCAUAUGAACUCUGAAGCAGCCACUCUGCUUGCCGCUCAGCUCAAGGAAAAAACUCAAAGUAUCAACAGAAAUGAGGGAACAGGACUGACAAAGACCAAUGGUCUCUCUUUAUCCAAGGGCAAUCAAGAGAAGCCCACUCCUCCACAGAAAGCCAAAAGGACCCCCUCCAGUGGACUUGGCCAGCAGGGUUCUGCCAAGCCUCUUCUACCCACUUCAAGCAGCCUCCAGAAGAUGGUGGCACCUGUCAGCAACAACUUUGAGACCUCUCAAGUCAAGAGCCCGGAGAAGCAGGACUUAAACGGCUCUAGGACAGGGGACCUGUUGGAUUCUACACCAAAGAAGACGCCUAUGAAAAAGCCACCAAGGAAGAAAGGAAAAGGUGGCAUCUUGGAUACACCAGAAAGUAAAACACCCCAGCAAAAGACAGCCAUUAUGCCACCACAGGUUGUGAAGUAAGUGUUUUAAAUAAUACAAAAUGAACUAAGUUUGUGAAGAUUUUUUUUUACCAAAGACUGAUUUUUUUAGAUGGCAGCAACCACGUAAAGAACGUGUGCGUUGUGACUG